AUGGAAGCCGCUGCGAGUGUGGUAGGCUUGAUCCAGGUGACCACCCAUGUUUUGCAUCUCACUGUCAAAUUCUACUUUGAGGUCAGGGAUGCCCGCAAGGAAAUAAAAUGGCUCGAGGGAGAAGUCAGCGAUUUGCAGGGGACACUUCGCAAAAUACUCGACCUGGUUGAAGAUACCAGUGACCCCAAAGCAAUUGAACGUUUGCCAGCGUUUGCGUUGCUCUUAGGGGAGGAUGGAGCGCUGGCGAGGUGCCAGGCGGAGCUACUAGAGCUGGCCGGUAAGCUGGAAAAGGCUGGUGGCCUUGGUAGCGGUAAACAUGAAGUCGCCCAGCAGAAGAAGAACCCGAUGAGACAAUUUGGUGUCCGGGCCUUGAAGUGGCCGUUUACAGGCAAGGAGAUCAAAAGCAGCAUUGCGGUUCUUGAACGGUGCAAGGCCAGCUUCAACCUGGCCCUCAGUGCGGACCAGACGAGGCUGACUCUUGAUACCAAUCGCCUGGUUGUCGAGCUGGGAAAAGAUAUAUCUGCCAACCACAACGAACAGCAAAAAGGGGAGUACCGUGCAAAAAUAAUCCAGUGGCUCUCUGCUGUCGAACAAGGUGUAAGCUGGUCCAACCAUGAGGAUGCACGGAAGAAACACUCGCAGGGAACCGGGGAAUGGGCACUAGAGCUUCAAGCCUUCAAGGAGUGGAAGAGUGCUGGCCCUGCGGUCCUUUGGAUGCAUGGGAAGCCCGGAAGCGGCAAGACAGUGCUCAGUUCGUCUGUCAUCGAACAUCUUCAAGCAGAGUACGACACAGAACCCGGUAUUCUUCUGUCCUACUUUUACUUCGACUUUGGUACUCCUGCAAAGCAAAGCGCCACAAACUGCCUACGGUACCUGCUCUCAAGACUGCUCACCAAGGCACCAGAAGUACCACAGGAGCUCAGAGACCUUUAUGUGAAAAAGUGUAACUUUGGAAGUGAAACACCCGCACUAUCAGACUUGACUGCUAUAUUCAAACUGUUUGCAGAAUCUGAAGUUAUCGAGAAUAUCUUCAUCGCCAUCGACGCUCUGGAUGAGUGCCCCUUGGAGAAUAGGCAGGAACUGCUAGAUUUCCUCCAGACUAUCACUUCCUGGACGCCUUCGAACUUACAUUUAUUUCUGACAAGCAGGGCCGAGACUGAUAUCAAAGAGGUACUCUGCCUAAUUCCUAUUGUUACUGAGGUCUCUGUCGGUGGCUCCUCUGUAACCCGAGACAUCACACAUCACAUUCAGACACAGCUUUCUUCCGACCCAGCAUUGAAGAAACUGCCGGCGAAACUGAAAUCAGAGAUACAGGACAAACUGAUAGCCGACGCUGAUGGGAUGUUUCGAUGGGUAGAUUGCCAGCUUAACGAAUUAAAACGGUGCAAGACAAAAGCACUUCUGAUAAAAACGCUAGAUUCGCUUCCAAAGACUUUGGACGGUACCUAUGAACGAAUCCUCCAGAGUAUUCCUGAAAACUAUCAGGAUUAUGCACGCCGUGCACUAUGGUGGCUGGUAGAGGCGCGAAGGCCGUUAAGCUCUGAGGAAGUCGCCGAAGCGGCCAUUCUAGACGCAGAUGAUGAUACCCCGUUUGAUCCGGAAGGCCGUUUCUUCAAUCCGCAGGACGACAUCUUAGAGAUAUUAGGCAGCCUUGUAUCGGUGGCCCAGAGAGAACACGAUGUUACUGGCAUGGACGACGGUAACGACAGCAGGGUAACUGCAACUACCGUGAAUGAAGGGUUUGUCGAACUACGGCUGUCCCAUUUCUCCGUCAAAGAGUAUUUGAUCUCAACUCAUCCAUUGAACUGCCAGAAUCCCUUAGUCGUCAAGUUCUACGUUGACAAGUCUCUUGUCACCAGCUUUAUUCUCCGAAGCUGCCUCCAAUAUGUCACCCAUUACAUAGAUUCAGACUGUCGGGUUGGCACAAAAGAUGAUAUAGAUGAAUUUCCUCUGCUUCUAUAUGUGUGUGAAUUUUGGUUUGCGUAUACAGGAAUGCCACUUGAGGACAAGGCUGUUGAGCUACUGAAUGAGUUCUUCAUGUCGGAAUCUCAAGUGCAGGCGUGGCUGCUUGUUUAUACACCAAACCAACCAAAGAAAGAUCUCUUUCAGCCACCUGAUGAACCAGGCCAAGCUCUUCACUACGCAUCUUAUCUUGGCCUCACGGGUACUGCUAAACACUUAAUAGAGAAUGGCGCCACUGUCAACUGCACCACAACGAGCGGAGUAACCCCCUUAAUCCGAGCAGCCGAGAGGGGACGUGUAGAGGUUGUAAACCUGCUCAUCCAGUUUGACCCAGAAGUUGACCGUUCGACCAAGGGGGGCCGAACGCCUCUGCAAGUGGCCUGUAGCCAUGGACAUAUAAAGAUCGUCGAGAGCCUUCUUAGUGCAAAUGCAGAUAUCGAAUCGAAAGAUGUGGACCUCUGGACUCCAUUAUACUGGGCUGCUGAGGGCCGGCAUGAAGAUAUUGUCAAUCUCCUCCUCAAACGAGGGGCUGAUCCGAAUGCAAGGACCAUGAGUGGAGGGACUGCUCUUCAUCAGGUAUGUGGCCGCGGAUACUACGAAAUUGCCCAGCGUUUGCUGGACGCUGGCGCAGAGGCAAACCUUGCGACAAGCUGGGGUCGGACUCCAUUGCAUCAAGCCGCCGCUGCUGGAUCGCUGGAAGUUGUGAAGCUCCUAUUGGCCCACGGAGCAGAUCCGAAUGUGUUGGAUAAGUCCUAUAGUUCUCCCGUUUCUUUGGCAGAGGAAAACCUCCAUGGCGAGAUUCUGGACGUGCUACGACCCCUUACGAAUUUAAAAGACCCAUUGGACAGCUCCGAGGAGUGA